GCCGCUAACUGCGCGCGUCGCUGCGCUGCUGGCUCCAGCGCGGUGACCCUCGGCCUGGCUCUGUGUCGGGCUCCGGCGCGGCGGCUCCGGGCCUCGGCGAAUCUCGGCCGUUCCCGCCCCCGUCGAGUUCAAAAGGACGCGCGGAGCGGCGUCGGGCCCAGCCCCGCAGCCCGUCCGACUGGAAAGAUCUGCCCUUCCCUCGAGGUGCUCAACAAUGGCCAGCAUCCCGAUCACACUUUCUUCUGGAGAAGAACUGAUGACCACUCCAAUUCUACAGGCUGCUGAGACCCUGUCCCCAGAAGCUGAAAAAACCAGCACAGCACUCAUUGCAGCUGUUAUCACCAUGGUCUUUCUCACCCUGCUCUCAGUCGUGAUAUUGAUCUUCUUUUACCUGUACAAGAACAAAGGCAGCUACGUGACCUACGAACCUGCAGAAGGCGAGCCCAGCGCCAUCCUCCAGAUGGAGAGUGACUCAGCCAAGAGCAGAGAGAAGGAGGAGUAUUUCAUCUAACAAUUCCCAGGCCCCCAGGAGUUAAUUCCUGGCUCUGGCGCUAACACGCUGUUUAAUUUAUUAGGUGAAAGUUUUAUUAGAAGCCAGUGAGUGGUAUUGGUUGAUAUGGGCAAAUCCGAGCUCCUUGUAGGACACAGGCCCAAAUGCCUGCCAUCUCUGACUCUAGGGACCAGGGACAUGGAGAAAGCUGCUGAUUCCUUAACCAGGCCUUGUUAAAGAGCUGGUGUUUGUGACUAGCCAACAAAGUGGGGCGAUGCUAGGGAUCAUUUUAAGUAUGUGCCUUUAUGGGGGAAAAGGAAUGAGCAUUGCUAGCUGCUCUGCUCUGUCCCCUCCCUGGUCACCUAGUGAUAGCCUCAGAAGAGAUAUCCUAACAAUUUCUUCCCAGAGGCUAGAUAACACAGUAAAAGGCCAGGCCAGGAAGAAUAGGAGACUGGGGAAUCUUACCUCCUGAUCAAUGUGCCACAUCCCUUUAAUCCAAGCCCUUCCUUUCCAUAUUCCCCAACAACCUCAUACUUACGCUAUUUUUAUCUGAAUUAAACUUUUUCUUGUGCAGGAACUACCUUUAUAUUUUGCCUUAU